CUCGUGUCGUAGCGGUACGACGCUCGGUCGGGUAUCUCCGCGUCGUGGCCCACACGCUCGGCCGGUGUCGGCUGUCGGCUCGCAUACGCUCGGUACGCUCGGUCGUCGUCAGUCGUCCUCGGGCUUCGUUUGCGCGCGGACGUCAGGUGGAACCGAGGGUGAGCGACGAGUCGUCGUAGUGUUCGGUAGCGCGUGUGCGCAUCUAUAUAUCCAAGACGAGAUAUAUAGUCUCUCUCUGCGCGCGAGUACAUCGAGUUUUUCCGACGUACACGGACACACACACACAUAUAUAUAUAUACAUGUAUCCAUACGUAUUGUAUAUGUGAAUUCAAGUAUAAAAGCGCGCGCGCGCGAGUGUUUUGUACGUACGCGCGGUUCACGUGUGGGAGCGCGGCUGAUUAACGGUAGCGCGUCUGACGUUGUCGGUACACGGGGUGUGCAUCGUAUAUAUAUAUAUCCAGUGACACAUAUAUAUAGAGAGGGAUAAUAUAUAAAUAUAUACAUACGCGUAUAUAUAAAUACAUUGCUUACGUGAAGUGGACAUUGCAAUUCUUUGGUGAACUCGUGCGCUAUCCGUACGAGUAGAUACGAAUCGAGUCCGUCGACGCGAGAAGAGAUAACGGAGGAGAAGCGUGGUCCAUAGCCAUACGGCGGAUCGAGAGAGGAAUCCCGCGAGGAGCGCGCAGGAAAGAAGAACAAAGAACGUCGAACGUGCCACUGCCUGGCGGUGGCGGAAGCGCGGGGGCCUACGUGCGCGAGGACCGUCUUUCUACCGUUUCCCCCCGUCUCUCCCUGUAGAGAGCUCGAUAACUCUCUCUCUAUCUUGGGGAGACCGCUGACAACGUUCGUUUACUCUCACCGCGCUGCGACUUGGUGCUGCGAGCGACGAACAAGGGCUACGAGAGAGAGAGAGCGGCGACUCGGUUUUCGUGUCUUGAGACGCUAAAAUGAGAUUGGAGGAGGACCUAGUGAUCCGUAGGAGCCGACCCACGAUGAUUUCCGCCAAGUAUCGCGCCCGCGAGGAACGCCGUCGUCUGAUGAAGAUCUCCGCUGUCAAGCUGAAGAGAAUCGAGGAUCCCGAGGCAAGCUUAUGCCGAUCGGUGCUCAUAAAUAACGCUCUGCGACGAUUGCAUCGCGAAAGCCGAGACGACAAGACGCGAAGUUACGGUAGCCUUCCGGUGAUGACGUCGUACAUGGACGACGUCAGCAAAGAGAGCAGCGUCAGCCUCACCGGCAGCCUCAUCUCCGAUGACGAAGAAGCAUCCUCCAGAAAAAGAUUGGCCGAUGAUUCGAGGAACGAUGGGCUCGGGUCCAAGAGGCAGAGGCACGACGAUCUAGAUCUGCAAGACGACGUGUUCAGUGACUUCUACAUUUUGCCGCCGACGCCACGCUUGCUCUCGCACAUCGACGAGCUUCAACCGGAACCGGAAGCGUCGCAUCACAACGGCCACCAUCACCUAGGUUUCCCGGAAGAUCGUCUGAGCAGCGGUGGGGUGCUCGAUGUGCGAUCGAGCAGCGCAAGCAGCAUUUCCGCAACGACCGCCAGCAGCAACACGAGCUGUCACUCGGUGCUCUUCCCCGAGGAUCUCGACGACGCGAACGCUCACCUCUCGAGAUCGUGUAGCGACAUGAUGGAGGUAGCCGACGUGGUCGAUCCUGAUCGGCUCUGCGAUUUUGCCAGGUUCGCCGACUCGGCGAAGACGCUGGAGGAACGAUUGGCCGAGCUGCAGUCACUGGACGAGCACUUUGACCUCACCAAAUUCGAGCGUAACAACAACCAGAGCUGCGGCCGCGCCUUCCACGAUAUACAGACCUUUCAUAGUCUGGUGCCUGGCCUGGAGACAUAGACGGCGGCAGCGUCGUGCCUCGAGCGACCCGCGAUCAUGUCGCAGAAUGGCGAAAACAGGACAGCGAUUUUCGGGGAUGCGAAAUCACUUGACGAGCUUUGACAGAUAAGCCUAGAUUCACUUGUUGUCUCGUGGCUUAUCCUCGCAAGUGAAAGAUGUGCGCACGUGUCUGGAAACGAGUAACAAUGUCGUUGAGAUGCGUGACUUUAUCGAACCGCAAUAGUGUGGUCGACAGUGGCCAAUGCGGCGUCGGAGAUGAUCCGUUCGUCUCCGAUGCCGAGGACGAAACUUGCGUAAAUGCGAAAGCUAAAAGAAGCUGCGCUAAUGGAUUUUUUUACCGUGGGCAAAUAGAUGGGCAAAAUUAAGCACGCGCGCUAUUCUAUUAACAUUAAAAUCACGAAACAGAAUAAACAUGUUUCACGUAAAAAAUGGCUUAAAAAAGUAUUCUUGAUAGGAAAAUAGUUCCAAAGUUUUAAAAAGAUUUUAUACCAAAUUUAUCAAUAUUUAGCUCUCGUAUCAACAAAGUGGCAAAAAAGUGGGUAAAAAUUUCAAUUUCAAAAUGAGAUAAAACAUAUUCGUGAUUCUGAUGUUAAUUGACUUAAAAGAGUAGAUCCGCAAUCAAUACAUAUUAAUGACAUCAUAAACUGUGAACGUUGAAAUUAUGAUCGAUAAUUUCAUCUUAAUUUAACAUAUAAAUUUUUCUGAUUAUCAUUUAGCAUAAUAUUUAAUAUUUUAAAACUCAAAAAUUUAUUCUUAAAUUUAUAUUUUUAACUUUGAGAUUUGAAAAUUAAAAUUAAACGUUUCAUAUACUCCCGGAAGAGAAUGCCACGUAACAUAUAAUAAUAUAAAUGCACGGUAUCUCGGUCGAAUCAUCGCCUACGAGAGUCUGACUCAUGCCGGUAAUAAUCUACUUACGGUACUGAUUCAAUGUUCAACGCGCGGCUACGAGAUAUCUAAUAAUACUGUAAACACACACCGCUCUUUAAUCGGCCUUUCAAAGUAGCAAUAACCUUAGUACAAGCCUUUUUCUUUAUAUCCAAUAAAACUGUAGAAUAUUAAUUUUCAAUUCUUGAUAUUUUAUGUAGCGUGUAUAUAUCAUACAAAGACGAGACCAACAAUUACAAACUUAUUGCAGAAAACAAUAUUCGAAGAAAAUGUCACUAGUUGAGACUCAAAUUCUUUCAUCAUUCAUAUAUUUGUCUAAUAUAUUAAUCCAGUAGUACAGCGAGAAUUGCUCUUUGCAGUACUCUUUACCCUGAUGUAAUAGUUGGCUUCGGUUUUUGGAUGCCGCGCAUGAUCUAUUUAUACAUUGGCAAUAUAAAUUUUAAAGGUCAUAAAUGAUCAAUUUUUCAGCUGAUUAUCCGUAUAUACAAUCGUUUCUUCUUUCUCACUUGUAUAAUAAGUCUUAACAUCUCUUCUUUACAACAAUCAUUUCUUUUCUAUAGAGAGAAUUGAAUUUCUUUGCCGAUAUUUCUCUUCCAUUUUUAUAGAUUAUUAUAAACUUACCUUUUUACAUUUUAAUUAUUUUAUAAAUUUAAUCGGAGAGGAAUAUAUAUAUACGCGUAGUUGGUAGAUAGUGUUUUAAUUUUGUGAAUCCGCCGACGCCGCGCUAAUAGCGACUCUCGUACGUGUUAAUAACGACCCUCGUUCAUCCCGAUUCACGUAUUCUCGCCAGCGUAAUCUUCCUGGCGCGUUGUUCGCCCAACUUUGCCCGCGGCUCGAAUUGCACCUUACAGUGUCGAAAGCGUCGUGGAGAUACGUGCCUACAUACUCCGCUGACGCGACGUCGGCCUUCGGCACACGUCACGCGCGUAUGCGCUCAUUGUUUGUACAUAUACAGAUAGAUUUUUAAGAGAGCACGUUAUAAGUAUGUAGGAUGAAUUAUGUUGCGAGAUAGCACGUCCCCGGAACUAUGAAUGCGCGUGGAAAACGCGGCUUUGGCGCCAACAAAGUCUUGAGCGUUUCGAACGUCGGGCUCUCUGAUAAAGUUUUUCUGAGUUGCCGAAUGUUGUACGAAGCUUCGUGCGUCUUCCCGACGUUUCGGAAAAUUGAAAAGCGUUUAAAGAGCUUUUUCCGCGCAAUGAUUAUAGUCUAUUACUAGGAAAAGCGGAGAAGAUCGCGCAAAGAUUAUAAGAUUGUAAUUUUCGCAAUAAUGCGAGGCGCGAUCUCUUCUCCGUCUCGCGUUCGAGGGCACUUUAUUCUAUGGAGGAUCCUUUCCCAUUAGCCGAUGUAGAAAACUCGCUUCUUCUGAUAUGAAAAGAUUCCAAAUUUAAUAUUCUUAUGGAAUAUGUAUACAUACAUACUUAUAAACCUCGUCGUUUUUCCGAGAUGCAAGCGACUGUUUUCAGAUUUUAUAUGGCUAAUGCGGGAUACGAUUCAUUCUAGAGAAUGUUCUGCGAACGCAAUUUUGUAAGCGCGACAGAAAGACACGCUACCGCGUAACGCCACGACGAGCCUUAGCUGUUGUAUGUUAUCGUAUCAUUUUUGUUAAUAAUAUCUUUCUGUACGCUCGAGAGGACUGAAAACAGCGACUAAUAGCUGUAUUUUCACACUGGUGAUUUCCUCCUUCUAUGGCAUCAUUCUAUUUAUGAUCGAAUAGAAUGACACGAGAAAUCGCAGCAUUUGAACCUUAUAAUAUUUCAUUAUAAAAUCAAUGAAAAAGUUAACCAUGAAAGGAAAUAUCCGACUUUUCAUGUUAUGCGAAUGAGGAUGUCAAACUUGCGUUCCUCCGAGCGUUUUAGCAAAUUAUUAAGAGACAUACGCGUUAAAUUAUUCUUCAAUCGUCGUACGAUCGGUUGUGAUCAAUCGCGAGGUUCUUCUCUUCUCUGGAAUGAUAUGCGGAGAAGAGCCUUCGCGAUCAACGCAAAAAUCCGCAUCGAGGAGCACGAUUUUACAUUAGAUGAGAAUUUCGUUCUUUAUUGCGCAAAUCUAUUUCGUUACUCUUUAUUAUAUACAUGCUAAAUCGAAUAAUUUUGAAUUUGAAUCAUUUGUUAAUUUUACUUGACUCUUGGCAUUUGAUUUUAAUCGAAAGAAAUAUUUUUUGGUUUUUUUUCUUUCUAUCUUGAUCGAAAUUAAACUCGCCUUUGAUUUAGUUACAUGUUAAGAAGAUAUUAAUAUUAUUUGCAAACAGUGUGUUUGAAGUUGGAUCGUUCGAAUAUUUUUCAUAACUUUUAAUGAAUUUUCUGCAUAGUGCAAUAUUUUCAUUCCUAAUAUUUGCUAAUGUUUUUUAUCACAAUAAUUUUUAUCAAUGAUUUUUAUAUGAUUUAGACACUGCCGCGUUUGUUGUAUUGUUUGAUUUGAAAAUGCGUUUGUUAAUUAUUUGACUUAAAUUAC